UUCACCACCAGCUUGAUGCCAGCCGAAAUGAGGUCCAGCGGCGCCGCUGCGGAGGAAGAGCUCCAGAGGCAGCGGUCCAUCGAGCAAGCCAUCGCAGAGGGCCACGACGCCGACAUGCCCUCGAACACUGGCUUUGUCGUGGACGAGAAGGCCAACCAGCCGCGCAAGCAAUCGCGGACGAGCCCCUACGACCAUCCUCCUGCAAAGUCCGCGGCCGACAUCCCGGGUCACAAGCCUGAGGUUGACCCCGAAAGCGCCGUCGACGUCACUGGGACCGAAAGCGAUGGCAAAAUUUCACGAGUUGCAAAUUCCUCCGAGGUCGACCCCAACGUCGUUUGGUGGGAUAGUGACGAUGAUCCCGAGAAUCCUUACAACUGGCCGGGAUGGAAAAAAUGGCUCAACUGUGGAUUCAUUAGCUUUUUGACCCUUUUGACGCCUUUGGCCUCGUCCAUGUUUGCGCCUGGUGUGCCUGAGCUGUUGCAGGAGUUCAAAAUCACCAACACCGAAUUAGGAAGUUUUGUUGUAUCGAUAUACGUUCUCGGGUAUGCGUUUGGGCCUCUAGUCAUCGCGCCUUUGAGCGAGAUCUAUGGCCGCAGCAUUGUGUACCACGUAUGCAACGUUGGCUUUGUCGCCUUCGUGAUUGCAUGUGCUGUGGCGCCAACAAUAGAGAGCCUGAUCGCCUUCAGGUUUAUUUCUGGUCUUUUCGGCUCCUGUCCCAUCACCAAUGGAGGAGGCAGCAUUGCAGACAUGAUUCCGCAGGAGAAGAGAGGAUUAGCCCUCUCCGUAUUCACAUUGGGCCCACUUCUUGGUCCCGUCAUCGGACCUGUGGCUGGCGGCUUUCUGUCGGCUGCUAAGGGGUGGCGCUGGAACUUUUGGGUUAUUGCCAUUGCCGCAGGUUUCACAACCAUUUGCAUGAUGCUUUUCCUGAACGAAACCUACGCCCGUGUCAUUCUGGAUCGUAAGGUUGCAAAACUCCGCAAGGAGACGGGCAAUGAGCUGCUGCGAAGCAAGCUAGAUGCCGGCCUGAGUGCCAAGGAUUACUUCGCCCGAAGUAUAGUGCGUCCUCUCAAGAUGUUGCUCUUCUCGCCGAUUACUCAAAUCUUUGCUAUCUACGUGGCCAUUGUGUACGGAUACCUGUACCUCCUAUUCACCACCAUCACGUCGGUCUUUAUUCAAACGUACGGCUUCACUCCGUCUACCGCGGGUCUUUCGUUCCUGGGACUCGGCAUUGGCUCCCUGGUUGCACAGAUCGUAUUCACAUGGACCUCGGAUGCGUAUGUGCAAAGGCGUGCUGAGCGUGAAGGCAAUGGAAUGAAGCCUGAGUACCGGCUCCUCUGGCUUCCCUUUGGCGCAGCAGUCUUGCCCAUAGGAUUCUUCAUCUACGGCUGGACUGUUGAAUACAAAGUCCAUUGGAUAGCUCCGAUCUUGGGAAUGGGCGUCGUCGGCGUGGCAACCAUCCUCUUGUUUAUGUCUAUGACGAUGUAUCUGAUUGACUCAUUCACCAUGUACGCCGCGAGUGCUCUGGCUGCCAACACACUCAUAAGGUCCAUCGCAGGUGCUGUACUACCAUUGGCCGCACCGAAGAUGUAUGCAAAACUGGGGUUGGGAUGGGGAAACUCACUACUUGCAUUCAUUGCACUGGCAAUGGUGCCCGUACCCUUUGUCUUCCAACGUUACGGCGAGUAUCUGAGGACCAGGUUCAAGGUCAACCUCGAAUAUGAUCUCGACGACAUGUCGCCACGCGCAGAACCUGUAACAACGCCGUUACGUGACCAAAACCCCACACCGCAUGCCGAUAACCUCAUCUCGAGCCCGCCUCCUCCCGACACGCCGCCAAAGGACAGCAAAACCCAAGUCGUGUUCAACGGCCCGCCGCCGCCGAUAUUCUCCGCACGGCCGAGGAACUCACAGACCGCCGACGCGCAGUCGGCCGCCGCAGCCGCAACCUCGGCGCUAUAUGGACUGGGUAGCGCCUUGUUCAGCCGCCGCGGCUCCGGCGCCGGCUCCGUCUCGUCCAAGACGCACGACAACACCCCGCGGCUCGAGCAGGAUACGGUGUGGCAGAGCUUCCAGCGGCGCGAGCGGGCGCUUCAGCGCGACGCACAGCGCCUGCUCGACCUCCAGGCCAGUGGGCUGUCGGCCGGCCUCGGCCACGCGUCGAGCAGCGACCACGGCACCCACCCGCGCAGCAGCGGCAGCAGUUCGCCGGCCGCCAGCCGGGGCCGCGGCGGCACCGCCUCGCAGUCCCGGCUCAGUAUUCUCGACCCGCCGACGCAGGCAGACGACCACGGGCAGGUGGUGCCGGUGCGGCAGCCGCGCAGCAAGCCCGUCGGUCUGCGCGGGGCGCGUGCCGGCCUCGGCCGCACCCUGACGCUGCUCGCCGACCUGCGGGCCGAGGAGGACGCGUGCCUGGCGUCGGCGCUGGGGCAGCGCAAGAGCGCACUCGUCAAGGUGCGCAAGAUGAACACGAGGAGGGAGGGCCUGCUGGACGAGCUCAGGGCGCUCGAGUCGGACGAGGAGGAGCCGCUGGCCCGGGAGUUGAGGGACCUGCAGGACGAGCACGGCGCUGUAUGCCGGCAGAUAGAGGAUCUCGAGGAGAAGUUGGCUCUCUUGAAGAGCAGACAGCGGCGCAUGGAGGACGACAUGUCGACGCUGGUGAACCGGCGCGAGGCUGGGCUCAGUGGCUACCGUGGGGCUCUCAAGGAGGUGGAUGCCAAACUGGCCGAUGUGCUGUCGCGACCGCCCGUGAAACCUCUGGACGUCUCGGUAUUCAAGGAAUCCGCUCGCGGGGUGUCACCCUGCGGGUUGGAGUUUCUGAGCCUGAACCCCGAAAGGAGAACGGCGAGCAUGGCUAUGGAAUGGUGGGACAAGGAAGUACUGAUCCUGGAACGACGGAAGAAAGCGGUCGACAAGGAGCGGGUUGCUCUAGAGGAAGGGGCCGAGGUUUGGGCGGCAGUGACCAAGCUGAUUACCGCCUUCGAGUCCGAGUUGCGCGGCAGCAUCACGGCCGGGGAGGACGGUUCCGACGAGACGUCCCAGGAGGAUAAGUUGCGGAUGCAACUGGUCAAGAUGGAGACCGUUAUCAACGGCCUGGAAGACCAUUUGCAGCACGUAGAGCAGGAGGGGUGGAACCUACUAAUCUGCGCCAUAGGAGCAGAGCUCGAGGCCUUUAGGGAAGCGUAUUUGGUUUUGCGAAGCGCGAUGGCCGACCUCGGCAUCGAGGUGGAUGAUGAUGCUACACCCCGCCUUGCACGGUCGACUACGGAUCCCAAGGCCGCAGAGGCGGAGGGCAGCUUCAACGACAAAGGAAAGCAAAAGGAGCCAGACGACCGUGGCUCAUUGUUGGACCUGAGAGCCCAAGAUGCGGAAGAAGAUGACAACGCAGUGCCGCAUGAUCUUUUGGUGGACAGCCACCACGAUGACGAGAGAAAAGAGAUACAACGCCCCUCUAGGAGAGAAGCCAGUCCCAGUCUGCAUGGAGAGGAGAGCGAUAACGAGAUACCCCCUGAGUUCCUCAGAGAGCAUCAGGAUUAG